AAAUAAAAAAUUAAAUAUCUAUAAAUUAUAAGUGAUUUAAAAAUAUUUAUAACCAACUUUAACCGUAUCGAUAAUACAAUCGCGACUUGCGGCAUAUUGAGUGUGGAGUGUCAUUCUAAUGAUGUGUUAUUCCAGCAAUAUUUUAAGUUAUAAUUGUAAACACAAUUGCGAUUGAAUAAAAUGAGUGCCUUAAAAGUUCUCACGUAUCCAAAUAAACUGUUAAAACUCAUUCUUUGGAACAGAAUGAUACAAUAUACCAAUAGAAUAGCUAGACCAAUGUCAACAAUAGAUCACAAACAGAUUGAACAUCAUUCUAGUUUUAAAAAUGACUGGUGGGAUUUGAAUGGCAAGAUGAGCGGUCUUCAUAUAUUUGCACCAUUGAGAGUACAGUUUAUAAGAAAAGGUUUGGCUAAUACUGGACUUAAAACAAAAAGUCUAACUCUUCCAUUGGAAGGAGUAAAGAUUGCAGAUAUUGGCUGUGGUGGAGGUAUAUUGACUGAACGUUUGGCUAGAAUAGGAGCACAAGUAACUGGAAUUGACCCAUCAGUAGAAUUGAUAGAUAUUGCUAAGCAGCAUGUACAAUUGGAUUCUGAUAUAUCAGAUAGAGUGAAUUACAUUCAAACAACUAUAGAAGAGUUUUCCGAAAAAAAUGAGGAAUUAUAUGAUGUUGUUGUGGCUUCUGAGGUCUUAGAGCAUCUAGUAAAUCCGGAAUUAUUUUUAAAGGAAUCUGUGAAAAUUUUAAAACCUGGAGGAUCAAUUUUUAUAACAACAAUAAAUAAAACUCCAGCAUCUUGGUUCGGUGGUAUUAUAGUAGCUGAAUAUAUUAUUAAUAUUGUACCUCGUGGUACUCAUACAUGGGAUAAAUUUAUUGCUCCACAUGAAGUACAACGUAUAUUAGAGAAAUAUGGAUGCAAAACAAAAUUAAUUCAUGGAGCAAUGAUUAAUCUACUUACAAAUCGAUGGUCUUGGACAUCAUGUACAGCAAUUAAUUAUGCACUUCAUGCAAUUAAACAAAAAAAGACUGAUACUCAACAGUAAUUCUUGGAAAAUGUAAUUUUUGUUGUUGUAAAUAAGUUGUAUCAAUAGUGUUUUCUCGAUUUAUUGAUAAUCUUUAUUGAGAUUAAAUGUAUCAUAAUUGCAUACUAAUAUAUAUGCGUGCUAGAAUAUUAUUUGUAUAAAAGAGAAAUCCAUUUUCUAUAAUAAACAUUGCUGUGUAACAGAGUA